CAACCCAACGUCCGACGACGCCGCCCUCGCACGGCAGUUGGCACAGUCACUUCCUCUGCAGACACUCGUCCAGUCUCCCCUCAGGUUGCGCACUCCACUGGCACCACGAGUGACUAUCAGAGUGACUCGCCUCCGGAUGACUGGACAUCGUUAUUUGUUGGCUUCAGUAGCGACCAAGACCCGUAUGUCUUGAGGCAUUGCCGGUUCAAUAAUGAUUACUACCAGCGUCAGGAUUGGGCCUGCAUGCGUAUUUACGGCAAUAACGAUAUUCCCAUGCAUUUUACGACUGUCCCAGAUUCACAUCUUGACUCAGAUCUCAAUGCUACUCUUCGCUGCCCGGCGAUCGAGGCUGGAUCAGAAACACACAAAUCGCUGAUAGGGUCCUACUUCGAUGUAGUUCAUACUUCAUACCCCAUCCUUGAUGGCCAACACAUCCAAACUAUCAUUGACAAGUAUCCCCCGCUAACGGGAAUUAUGUAUCGGCUUGCCUCUCCGUUUACCGACAUUAAUAUGGAAGAAACAUGGCCAGAGUGGUAUGACUACCUGCACAGAGUUCUCCUCUGGCACUCAAGAUAUCCGCGACUGGCAACGAUCGAGCUCAGCCUGCUCAUCUUAUGUCGCCAAAACUCUAUCCAUCGCGUCCCAACCUUGCCCGGUGUGUGGCCUCAAAUCGGGUCUCUUGUGGGAAUGUGCCAUGAGUUGGGACUGAAUAUGGAUCCAUCACGUUGGUCCAUUCCAGCUUGGGAACGAAGCAGGCGAAUCCGCCUUUGGUGGGCCGUCUUCAUGGCCGAUAAGUGGCAUGCCCUAGGUUUGGGAAGACCAAGCUACAUACACGACGACCAAUGGAACGUCCCCAUGGUGUCUGAGAGAGACAUCCCAGCCCAAAGCUUCGAGGGGCGGACGGUGCCAUCUUCAACUACCAAACUCUUCAUCGCCAUGAGCGUUCUGACGACAAUCCUUUCAGAUCUGCUUUGUAAAGCGUACACUGUCAAAUUUAUUGGGACCGAAGUGUCUCCUGAUGCUGCCGAUACCUUACAAAUGUUCAAUUCGUUCCUUCAUCGCCUUGAGACCUUUCAGGAAGAACACGUAAAAGCUUUGGAGAGUGCAGCGGAUCAAAUCCGUGAUCCUACCGGAACUCUUCAUCUCGCAUUCUUUACGGUGCAGAUUGUUCUUUAUCGCGCCAUCUUACGGAGAAUGCCUCCAGUUUGCCCAGAAGCAGCCCAGUUACGUCAAGGAGCGCGCCAAGUGACUCAAAACGUCAUCAAGUUCGUCGAGUGUCUACAAGUGAGCCGUCUCCGCGCCUUUUGGUGGUCGCCGCUCUCUCGCACCAAUUUUUCAAUUGCGGGUAGUUUCAUGUGUAAUAUGGUACUUACCUCGACAAAGGAUGAGGAAGUCAACGCAUGGACGAACCAGCUCACCCGCUAUCGGACGUUGCUUGGCAUGCACUCUGAGUCCUUCGACAUCACCAAAUUGGCCGUGAAGCGACUUGCACUCAUUGCCUCCGUCAGUGAGCCUGAGACCGUCACCAGACAGUGUCAUGAAGCCAGCGCGGUCGAUCAUACUGGGUCAACGCUACCGGAUAUCAGCGACCUGCCAAUGUCGUUUGAUCAAGAGCUGGACUUUCUUUUGGAAUUUGCUAUCCCGGACGAACUU